AUGGAGGCCAAAGCCGCGGAGCUCUUGGCGGCCUUCAAGAACCCCAAUGUAUCCAUCGAUGCCAGGGUCGCACACCUCACAAGCAUCAAGUCCGACAUCAAGCAGAAGAAUGUCCCUGAAGGCGCGAUUAUGACCAUCUUCGAGACCCUGAAGCUCGCCAUAUCAUCCCAACACUAUUCCGUCUGUGCGGCCGGAUUCUCGACAUUGGGACAUUUCCUCAAGCGGCUGAUGAUCCAAGAACAACAACAAUGGAUUCUUGCCCAGACACGGAACUUCUACCCAGUCUUGAUGGAAAAGCUUGGAGACCAUAAGGAACGCGUGCGCGCUCUAUCUGCUUCAAUAUUCACUGAGCUGUGGCCCCUUGUUGGUAAUGAGGUGGAAUAUUUCGUACUCGAAGUUGGAAUGGUGGGGAAAAAUCCUCGCGCUAAAGAAAGCAGUCUUCUUUGGCUGUCAAAUAUGACCAAGAACCAUGGUCUCUUGUUCCGCCAGUACGUGCCAUCCCUGGUCGGAUGCCUGGAAGACGCCGAUAGCGCUGUUCGAGAUACAGCACGAGGGGUUGUAGUUGACUUGUUCCGGAAUGCACCCGCACGUGCCAAAUCGGACUUACAGAAGCAACUGGUCGCUCGUGGCGUGAGAAAAUCGAUCGCAACUGCCAUUCUCUCAGGGAUUGGCUUAGCUGAACCUGAUACCGCAAGCUCGGCUCGCCCUAUCUCUCGUGCUGAAAGGCCACUGUCUGUUAUGUCCUCACGAUCGCGUGCCCCUAUUGACGUGGACGAUGAUGAACCAGAAGCUCCUGUAAGUCGACCAGGAUCAUCAAGGAGCCACCACGAGCGGCCCGUCGCCUCCAGCUCCUCUGAAGCCCCUGCCAGACCGAAGACCCCGGCAGAGCUACCGCCUGCCGGGACUGGGACUCCGGAAGAUGAUGGGCUGGAGCCUUUCUUAGUUUCCUCAAGCAGAGAUAUCGAUGAUCUCGUUCGUGACAUGUUGCCUUGGUUUGACGGAAAAGAAUCAGAAGACAACUGGAUGAAGCGAGAGAAGAACGUUAUACUCUUCCGUCGAUUGACCCGAGGCAACGCACCUCAUGACUUUUCUCAGGCUUACAUCCAUGCUGCCAAAUCCUUAUUGGAUGGAUUUUUCAAGGUCGUCAAUUCUUUGCGAACUACUAUGAGUACCAAUGGCUGUCUUUUGAUCCAAGACAUGGCACGAAUCUGUGGCCCGAGGAUUGAUCCGAUGGUUGAAAUCAUGAUGCAAAAUUUGCUGAAACUGUGCAGUGCCCUGAAGAAGAUCUCCGCUCAAAAUGGAAAUAUAACUGUCGAUACAGUCAUUGCAAAUGUGUCAUAUAACAUUCGUCUUCUGCAGCAUGUUCAUUGGGCAUCUCAAGACAAGAAUGUUCAGGUUCGCCUUUUUGCUGCAGGAUGGCUCCGAACAUUGAUCAAUCGACAAUCCCACCACAAGAGUACCGUUGAGCACGGUGGUGGCGUGGAACUUAUUGAGAAGUCUAUCAAAAAGGGACUGGGUGACGCCAAUCCUGGAGUACGAGAAGCGACACGAGGCACAUUCUGGACCUUUUUUGGGGUAUGGCCUGAUCGUGCAGAGCUAAUCUCGAGUACCCUUGACGCAAAAUCCCGAAGUUUGCUUGAAAAAGACCCAGCCAACCCCAAUGCACCGCAGAAACCUACAACACCUAGCAGGGCCCCUCGGUCGGCUCUCAAGGAGGCGAUUGCCGCUCGUAAGAAGGCGCAGAUGCCUUCCCGGCCGGAAUCAGCGCAGGCAUAUCCCGAGGCUCGACCAUCAGAGCCUGCACCUCGACCAGCUACUCGAACGGUCCCCACAGGCGCCCCCCUGUCCUCUCUGUCUUCUGCCCCUGUGCGACCUAGUGCGAAACCUCGACGUGCCGAAAUAAGUCGGCCUGCGACAGCUGAUCCUUAUGCGCGACGGCCCGAUUCAAGGGCGGCAACGUCUAGCAAGCAAGUCAGCUCACCGCGCUCAGUGAGAUCCAAAGCCUCGACACCGUCUUCAAAACCUAUCAACGCACCCCGCCUUCGACCCCACGAACCUACGCAAACAGGCACAACGAGAAGCAAGCCAAAGAGGCUCGACCUCUCUAAAUCGAAAUCGCAUGGUGAUCUCAAUGCGGCAAGCAGAUCGCGUAGUCGCUCUACUAAUGAGAGACUGGCUGGCCAAGCCCUGAAAUCCAGUAAUGCUGGUCAGCAUGGUGAAUUUGAAGAGGACGCUCCAGCACCCAUUGUGCUCGAAAGCCCCCCUCUGUCAGCCUCUCAGCCGUCGCAUAUCAGUCAUGCCCCGAUGGACUCCCAUCGUACCGUUACCCCAGUGCCUGCACUUGAACCAGAGCGCAUGUCUCUAGAGGAGCCGUCGACCGGCCCAGUCUCACCAGAGCGUGAGCGGCAGCCUUCAACGCCGCCACGCCAUUCAGACGUACCGGCUCCUGAAUCUGCCACUAAAAGUCAACCCGAUGAGAUGGUCAUAUACGAGGAUCCUGCAACGCCCGUUACUGCCCACGAGGAGACUCCUCCGAUUGACCCUGUUGAACAUCUGACGCCAACUCAGUCACCACAGCGUUGGCGGCAAGAGAUGGCGGACCAUACGGCAGCGACUCCCGUGGAAUCUACCACACCAGCCAAGGCCCCUGCACCGGAGAUGACUCCUCGUCGCGGCCUUGCUGCUGAUGGCACCAAUGAGCCUCAUUUCCAGUCUCCAGUGCGCAGAACGCCCCUUCGAGGCUCUCCGUCACCUUCACGCAACCGGCCUCUGGGAACGCCCUUGGAACAUGGCGCGCGAGAGCCUUCUUUACCAGAGCCUGCGGGAAAUGAUAUUCAAAUGAGCCCUAACAACGAGAAUGCUACUGCACAUGCUACAAAGCCUACAGACUACCCCGCCACGCCGCGAUCUGCCGCCAAGCCCGGUGCAUUGGAGGAAGUGCCAUUGAAUGAGUCUGUUUUGCGGGUCGCGGAUGCCCGGCCAUCUGCCUACUUCCCCGAGGAGCCUCGACGAUCCCGCAAAUGGGCUGAGAGACAUCGAAGCCCCAGCCCCCGCUCCAAAGACCCGGUUAAUGCCAAGGAGAUGCUUCCCAAAGCGCUUAGCCGGAUCGCGUCAAAGAAUAUGGACAUCUCUGGAUACCGAAAGCUGCAAGGUCUCUUCCAAUACCAUGGCCCAGAGAUUGUAGCGCGGGAUGAUGACUACUAUGCUGUCCUGGAAGCUCUACUCAACGAAUUGGAAUCUGCACCUCUAAGCCGUAAGGACCAUGAUGUCAAGACACAGAUCCUGGCGACCAUACGAUCAAUGCUCCUCCGGACAAGUGAAUUGUUCCAUCGCUUCGACAUCCCAGCAAUGGCUGCUCUCAUCCGUGCCCGCCGGCACUAUGAGUCAAGCUCACACUUUGUUGCUUGCUUAGAAGAAGUUGCAGAAUUGCUGUCGUCCCUGAUACCCAUCACGACCAGCAUCAGCGGUGUCCUUCAAGGGAUGGAAUUCGGUGACGAAUCAGGCACAGAAGAGUCAUCCCGCUCCAUCAUCAUGGGGUUCUCUACCAUCAACCAUGUGCUUUCCCAAGGCCCUGUUGAAAUCUCCGACGAGGUCCUCGCGAGUGUUGGCUCAGCUCUCAGCCAGCAUCUCGGGCAUCCCCGACCCGGAGUACGCAAGCAGGCCACAGAGCUUUGCACCCUACUAAACCUCAAGUUUGGUCUUGACCGCGUACAGAAGGUGACCCCUCCUGCCGGCGAGGGUUCUCUGAACCUCCUCACAUAUUUCAUGGCCCGCCGGUCCCAGUGA